CCGCCGCUCCCUGCGUCCGCCGCCGCUCCUUGAUGACACUGAAAUAGGACAACUUUCCUCAACCCCACUUCUUAUUGAGGAUGACAAACCCAGCAAGGAAGUUAUGGGUCAAGAAUUUUCUCAUGAAGGGGUUAAUAGCGAGCAUACAUCAUAUGAUCAGUAUGAGCAGGAGGAAGAAACACAUGAGGAAGUUGAUGUGGAUUAUAUGGAUGAGGACGACACAAAUGUGGAACCAGUGUUCGAUUAUCACGGCUUCAAUGAAGGGUAUAACAUUGACUCACUUGAAGACAUUGGGAUGAUUGAAUUUUGGAACAUCAGGGAUGAAGAUGUAUGUCAUUUUCACUUUUCUGAUGUCGACAUUGCAUUUGAGUUCUACAAUAGAUAUGCAAGAACAAGAGGCUUUAGUGCUCGGAAGAACAGGACUAGAAAGAGUCGUGUGGGCGCACUUAAGUUGAAGAAUUUUGUAUGUCAUCGUCAAGGAUUUAGACCGCCAAAUAAUUACAGCACUGGAAACCUUAAGAGAAAACCUACACCUGAGACAAGGUGUGGCUGUAGUGCAAUGAUGGAGAUUCGUGUAGAUGCACCUAGCGGUCGUUGGUUUAUUUCUUAUUUUUCUGAUGAACACAAUCAUCCGCUUCUGGAUCCUAGGUUGACUGGAUUGCUCCCUGGGCAUAGAUUCAUGUCCGAGGCUGAUAUUGGCCACAUGGUUAACAUGAAAAAGGGUGGGAUUAGUGUUGGCCAGAUAUAUCGGGCAUUAGCAAAUCAGGCAGGUGGCUACGAGUAUCUCUCUUUCACGCAAAGGGACAUGUACAAUAAAAUAGCAAAGCAGAGGCGCCAAUUACCCGGUGAUACAUAUGCAGCUUUGAAGUAUCUAGAAGAUCAAGCAACAAAUGACCCUUCUCUCUAUUUUAAUCAUGACCCUUCUCUAUACUUUAUAUUUAAUCAUCACAUGGAUGCUGAUGGUACUUUGUGUAAUUUAUUUUGGUGCGAUGGUCUCAGUAGGACAGAUUACUCAUUAUUUGGUGAUGUGUUGACUUUUGAUGCUACCUAUAAGAGGAAUAAAUAUAUGUGUCCACUGGUGGUAUUUUCUGGUGUCAAUCAUCACAAUCAAACAAUUAUCUUUGCUGCUGCUUUAAUUUGCGAUGAGGAAAAAGACACAUACAGGUGGUUGCUACAACAACUGAAGGUGGCAAUGAAUGGGAAAGCACCUGUUUUGGUGAUCACGUUGAGGGAUUUGGUGUCGAAAACAAGAAUUGGGUCCUAG